UUUUCUGCCCUAGAUAACAGUACCACUCCACGUUACGUCAAUUGUGAGCGACGCAAAGGGCGAUGCUCUUGCUCCCGUCUGCUUGGAACCCGGAGGCGCACCAAGCCAAAGGCACCAAAACUUGGCAAGCAGCAAAACUUGACAGCAGGCGCGGCCGUUUUGACAAAGGUGCACAUAUCCGUGCUGGAAAGGGAGUCGUCCUUUAGGGAGUGCAAAGCAGGGGGAACAAUCUCGGGAAGUGCUUAUGAAGAAUGAUAUAGGGCUUAGAGAAGCCAAAGUAGUGUGACAAAGGCAGCCUGCCUCACUGUGGGCACAGAGUAAACUAAUUCAGUUUAAGGAAAAGAUCUCUUCCUGACGGGAUUGCUGGUGGCCCUUCGGUGACAUCUCCCGGUGAAAGGUGACAGGGUAGGUAGAGCUAGUAGUGAGGGAGAGGUAACGGUAUUGGCCAAGGUAGAGGGUGGCGAAAUGCUAGGAAUAGAAGACUAGAAAUUGUUGGUAGAAAUUAAUUAACAGGCUUUACCUCAAUUCAAAUGUUUUCGCAUUUAAUUUUUAGUGAAGUUAUUGUAAUUGAGUCAAAGAGAAUGUAAAAUUUUAAUUGGGUAGAUAAUUCCAGAUUGUUGUCCAAAAGUGUCCUAUUAAUGACACAUUUUACUGGCUGCUUCCCUUCUUGAAGGACUAUAUCCUAAAACUAAUAGCUAAUUUUUAGUAAGUGUAUACACAUUUUUUGAACAGGAAACUAUUUCAGGCAUAAUAAUUAGAUUAUCUUGGUACUCUGAAAGCUAUAGAUGGUGAUCCUAAACAUUACCCUCGCUUCCCAUAUUGGGGGGGGGGGGGGAAGGCCAAAUGUAUCAGAAUAUCUGUUUCCUCAACACCUCAUCAAUCUUUUAAAUUGUGCCCAUUUUAAGGGUGGGGUGCCUGGGUGGCUCAGUUGGUUGGGUGUCCAACUUUGGCUCAGGUCACGAUCUCACCUUUUGUGGGUUCGAGCCCCGCGUUGGGCUCUGUGCUGACAGCUCAGUGCCUGGAGCCUGCUUCGGUUUCUGUGUCUCCCUCUCUCUCUGACCCUCCCCCACUCACAUUCUCUCUCUCUCUCUCUCUCUCUCUCUCUCUCUCUCUCUCUCUCUCUCAAAAAUAAACAUUAAAAAAUUUUUUUAAAUCUUAUUCUAGUUUAUUUUAUAAAUUGUUUACUUCCAUUUCCCUCAGUAUUUUAAAUCGGUUAUCUUUUUCUUAAUCGUAUUGGGGGCAUUUAUACCUAUUAAUUCUACCCCCAUUCUCUUAUAUUUACAGACACCUAUAUUGUUUCUCAUUUGGAGCUAUUUGAAUAAAGGUGCUAUGAACAUUCUUGUGUAAAUCUUCCUGAAGAUAUACCAUUUCAGCAUUGUUGAGUAGAUAUCUAGGAGUGGAACUGCUGCUCUCAUAUGGUUCUCAGUUUUAUUUUGCAAUUCUCUUAAGCUUAGGAGUUAGUUUUGAAAGGAUUUUUAGUCUUUUAAAGAUUUCUGAUAUCUUAAGUAAGAUGGAUAUACUUCUAAUGGAUUUAUUUGGGGGCAUGAUUUAUCAUGAAGGACACUUCAAAACAACCCUCCCGCAAAUACAGUCUUCUGCCAUAGGCAUUUCCUUUUCCUCAUUCUUCCAAUCGAGUUGUAUAUAUUUUUUUCAUGUUUACUUAUUUAUUUAUUUGGAGAGAGCGAGUGAGCACAAGCAGGGGAGGGGCAGAGAGAGGAGAGAGAGAACCCCAAACAGGCUCAGCACCAUUAGUGCAGAGUCCAGUGCAGGGCUUGAACUCACACACCCGGAGAUCAUGACUUGAGCUGAAAUCAAGAGUUAGAUGCUUAACCAACUGAGACACCCAGGCACCCCCAAGUUACAUGUCAAUUUUGGUUGGAUUAGAUUGGUGUUUACUUUAUGAUAACUAUGUAAAUACUACUUAUAGCUCAGCCAUGUAGUAUACUAUGAUUAUUUUUCCUUUCUUGCACAAUUUUUUAUUCUCCCUGGAGUUGCCUUAUUCCUUCCUUCCAGAAAUUCUGGCCUUUGAUUCUCAGAGAACCACUGGUCCUUGUCACUGGCUCCACAGCAGGAUGGGGAGCCUGCUACCACAUGUAACUUGCCAUCUGGACAUUGGCUGGAGACUGCUCUCCUCACCUUUACUGGGCGGUAAUUGUGUUCUUGGGGGCUCACAUCUGGGAUCCAGAGACUGUGUUUCCACUUCCUUUGUCACCAGGGUGCGAACCUUGGAGCUCCAGGAGAAGUGACCUCACUUAGCGUCAGUGGACCGCUUGGCAAGGAUGCACAAUGGAACCCAGUGAGGCCCAGGAACCAGCUCAGGGAGCUCCGCCCAUCAGACUGCCCACAGGUCCCAGCUCUGGGAGCAAGAUCCAUCAAGCGAAGCAAGGAGCGGGUCUCAGGACCUGCGUGCGGUCAUUUGUGGGGACACCACUGACCAGAGACCAAGAUUUCUAACCAGGAAUUUAGGGCAAUGCAAGGAAAAACUAGAGACACAGCGUCCCCGUUACUGGCUGUUUUCCAAUAACAAGAAAAUGAUUAAGGACCAGGAAUCGCUGACACUGGAGGAUGUGGCUGUGGACUUCACCCAGGAGGAGUGGCGGCUCCUGGCCCCCGCCCAGAAGGACCUGUACCGGGACGUGAUGCUGGAGAACUUCAGGAACCUGGUGUCAGUGGGGUAUGUGGCCAGCAUGCCGGCUGCACUCUCCAGACUGGAACGAGGGGGACGGUGGAUGACAGAAGAUGAAACCCGCCGUCGGAUCUGUCCAGAGAUCAAGAAAGAUGGUGGCCAUCUACAGGGGCACUUGCAAAAUCAAAGAUGUCCAAAGAGAAUGAAACAAUGCCAUGAACAUAAUGCAUUUGGAAACAUUGUUCAUCGGAGUAAAAGUAAUUUUCCUGUAAGGCAAAGUCAUGACAUCUUUGACUUACAUGGGAAAACACUGAAGUCAAAUUUAAGUUCAGUUAACCGGAACAGAAGCUACGAAGUAAAGAACCUGACUGAGGUUAAUGGGGACAUGAAAUCCUUUUCCCGUACAAAGCAUGACCAGUAUUGUAUUGAAAUUAAAUUUCCUGAAUGUGGAAAUUCUGCAAAUACAAAUUCCCAAUUCAUCAAGCAUCAGAGAACUCAAAAGACAGAGAAACCCCACGUAUGCGGUGAGUGUGGAAAAGGCUUCUUCAAGAAGUCUCGGCUCACAGAUCAUCAGAGAGUGCACACAGGAGAGAAGCCUCAUGGAUGCAGCAUAUGCGGCAAAGCCUUUUCCAGAAAGUCCAGGCUCACCGAACACCAGAAAACUCACAUAGGAGAGAGGCGGUACGCGUGCACUGAAUGUGACAGAUCAUUCCCCAAGAAAUCACGGCUCCUUGUGCAUCAGAAAACUCACACAGGAGAGAAACCCUAUGUAUGCAGUGAGUGUGGAAAAGGCUUCUUCAAGAAGUCUCGGCUCAUUAACCAUCAGAGAGUUCACACGGGAGAGAAGCCCCAUGGAUGCAGUCUGUGUGACAAGGCAUUUUCCAGAAAGUCCAGGCUCAUUGAACACCAGAGAACUCACACAGGAGAAAAACCUUACGAAUGCACCCAAUGUGACAAAACAUUCCGCUGGAAGUCGCAGCUCAACGCCCAUCAGAAGACUCAUACAGGAGAGAAACCGUAUAUAUGCAGUGAUUGUGGGAAAGGCUUCAUUCAGAAGGGCAAUCUCAUCGUACACCAGCGGACGCACACUGGGGAGAAACCUUACGUAUGCAGUGACUGUGGAAAAGGCUUCAUUCAGAAGGGCAAUCUCCUUAAACAUCAACGCAUUCACACUGGAGAGAAACCCUAUGUAUGCACCGAAUGUGGGAAAGGCUUUAGCCAGAAGACCUGCCUCAUAUCCCAUCAGCGAUUUCACACUGGAAAGACGCCCUUUGUGUGUAGUGAGUGUGGAAAAUCCUGUUCCCACAAGUCCGGUCUCAUUAACCACAGGAGGAUUCACACAGGAGAGAAACCCUAUACCUGCGGUGACUGCGGGAAGGCCUUUAGAGAUAAGUCGUGCCUUAACAGACACCGGAGGACUCAUACAGGAGAGAGGCCCUACAGGUGCACUGACUGUGGCAAGGCUUUCUCCCACCUGUCUUGCCUCGUUUACCAUAAGGGAAUGUUGCACGCAAGAGAGAAAGGUGUACGUCCAGUCACAGUGGGGAAUCCUUUCUCAGAGAGCCACAGCCCAUCACGUUCAAGUGAUAGCACGCAGGAGAAAGACCCUGUUAAUGUGUCCAGGCCAAUGCCUUCUGUAGCGGCUCAGACUUCGUUACGCCUCUGUGGGCUCCUAGCAAAUAGGAACACAGCCACGGUGGGACAGCCAGGUGCUAGAUGUGCACCACCAGCAGAUAACCGAGUUUGCACAGGAAAAAGCACACAGGCAUAAAGUGUGAUACAAUCUAGGUGGAAAGCCCUUGAAUAAAACCUGCCAGGUCAGUGUGUGGCUGACAGGCGUAUACUGAGACGCAUAGUGUGAAGCCCGGGAAUAGUAUAAAAAGACAAAUAGAAUAAAGAUCCGGAAAGCCUUUGUGGAAAGAUAGAGCCUACCAGGUGUCUCACGGGUCCCAUAUCAGCAGUGAGCUCAUAGCUGGUAGAAAUAUAAUGACUGUGGGAAAGUCCUUCCCCAGAGAGAAGACCUCACUAGGUGCCAGACGGUUCCCACAGGAGAGAAACUGUUGGAAGAGCUUUGAAGGCAGUGACUGUGGCAGGACUGUCACUGAAGCAUCCUCAGGCUGGGGAAAUCCUACAGAAAAAAAGGACUCUGAGCACACCAACUGUGGAAUGUCUUCAGCAAAAUAGCAGCAAACACAUCCAGCGAAUACGCCCUGUGAAAGUGAAUAUUUCAGAGAUUUCUGCCAGAAGUCUAGACUCAUUCCACACAGUGCGCAUUUCAGGACAAUAUACCUUGAAUCAGACUCCUAAUUGAUGUGAUGGUGACUCCUUAAUUCAAAGGAGGUGGUAGAUGGUGCACAUCAGUGGUUAGAACUAUAACAGUGCACCCCCCCUUUUCUGGGGGGGCGCAUGAACCUUUCAUUCCCACCCAGGAAUAGUAUUUGGUUAGCUCCUGUAUUAUUUUGGUUCUAAAUUUAUUCAGUUAAUUUUAGACCACUGAAGUCCUUCAAAAGGAAGCUGAAUACAUUUAAUUCAGUGUUGUACCGUGGCAUAUUUGGAUGCGUUUGACUUUGUAAAUAUCUCCCAAAGGAACAACUACUCGGAACUCCUGAAUAACAUAUCCGUCAAGUUCUUUGCCUAGAAGACAGUUCCCAGCCGGUACACACACUGCUCAGAAAACCUUUCAUUAGCUAUUUCCAUACAUGAUCUACAGAUGCUGACAGUAGUGAACUAAAUAAGAAUCCUUGCUGCCUUUGAA